AUGUUUGAGUCGAGUCAGGAAGAUCAACAAUUAACACGGCAAUAUUUUGAUAAGCAACCUGUGCAGCCUGUUAUUUAUAACUCUGUUAAAUUCGAUGUUGAAGAUGGACCAUGUAAAGAGCCACUCUUGCCAUCAAGUAAAAGAAAUUCAUACAGGAUGACGCCCACCGGUGGAAGAUCCCGUACAGUUUCGGAGACAAACGCGACCGCGGUAUCAAUACCCUUGACAGAAUCAGCUGAUGAAUGUCAUGAAAUAACAAUCUUGGACGAAGCCACGGAAGGUGGACGUUUGCCGGACGUCGUCGCUGAAAGCAGAUUUCGUGAUGAUAGCGGUGAAGAACAACUUGAGUCUUAUCUUGCCAUUACAAUUCAAGUUUUUAUUCCUUUCCUUGUCGCGGGUCUUGGUAUGGUCGGAGCUGGUCUUGUUCUUGACCUUGUUCAGCAUUGGAUAGUGUUUGAAAAAGUAAACGAACUCAUGAUCCUGGUACCUGCGCUGCUGGGGCUUAAAGGAAAUUUGGAGAUGACUCUCGCAUCACGACUUUCAACUCAAGCCAAUCUUGGUCACAUGGACGCGCCUAAGCAGCAGUGGUACAUGAUAGUCGGGAACUUAGUCUUAAUUCAGUGUCAAGCAAUCGUAGUCGGUUUUCUGGGAUCAGUCGUAGCAAUUCUAAUGGGAGCAGUGAAGAAUGGAACAGUAUCAUUAGACCACGUGUAUCUUUUAUGUGCGAGCAGUUUAGUGACCGCAUCCCUGGCAUCAUUUGUCCUCGGAUUAAUAACAGCUGGAGUAAUUGUCUUCUCUCGUCACUGCAACAUAAAUCCUGACAACGUAGCCACGCCGAUAGCAGCCAGUCUAGGCGACAUAACGUCGUUAGCACUGCUAUCCUGGAUUUCCACGAUUCUGUACGAGGCUAUCGGUAAGCAGGACUGGUUAGCGCCUCUGAUAAUCGCCUGCUACAUCCUGGUAACGCCGCUCUGGGUGUGGAUAGCUAAGCGGAAUAAAUACACCAACGACGUGCUGUACUCCGGGUGGACCCCGGUGAUGGUGGCAAUGCUGAUCAGCAGUUGCGGAGGCUUGAUCCUAGAUUUUAUGGUAUCAAGAUUCGAGACACUGACUGUGUUUCAGCCGGUGAUCAAUGGUGUAGGUGGUAAUCUGGUUGCGGUCCAGGCCUCGAGAAUAUCGACAGCUUUGCACAAGCAAGCUGAUCUUGGCACGCUAUUGAUACCACCUGGACACACUCAUCCAGUGAUAUUCAUAACGCCAAUUGCUAAUUUUUUUGGCAAAGGACAUCACUCAAGAACGACACGGGUGUUGAUGGCGAUGGUCAUUCCCGGUCAUAUUAUAUUUAUUUACAUGAUUAAAUACAUGAAAGACGGUGAUACUGCACUGACACCACUCUUUGUAUUUGUUUACCUCUGCGCGGCGAUGCUACAAGUCGCGGCGUUGCUCUACAUCGCGUAUAUCAUGAUCCACUGGAUGUGGAAGCGGAAAAUAGAUCCAGACAACUCAGCGAUUCCUUAUCUGACGGCCAUGGGAGAUCUUCUAGGUAUCAGCUUACUAGCUAUAGCUUUUCAAUUUUUGUAUCUCGUUGGAGAUCAAGACUACGACGGUGCCAUUUAG